AUGAAGACGCACGGCGGCCGCGUCUUCAUUGUUACAGGUGGCUCGUCUGGGUGUGGCUACGAGACGGCCAAGGCCGUUUACAAUCUCAACAGCCGUGUCUACAUUGCCGGCCGCUCGGCUCAGAAGGCAGAGGAAGCCAUCCGCAAGAUCAAAUUCGAGCCGGCCGCUCCUCAUCCAGCCGUCAAAGGGGGCCGAGGCGAGAUUGUCUUCCUUCGACUUGACCUUCACGACCUUGAUACCGUCAAGGCAUCCGCCGCCGAAUUUCUCUCCAAGGAGUCAAGCCUGGACGUAGUGUGGCACAAUGCCGGACUCGGAGGUGCGCCGUUCGGAAGAAAGACUGUCCAGGGCUUCGAGACGCAUCUUGGCGUCAACGCGCUCGGUCCGUUCCUCUUCCAGCACUUCCUAACUCCAAUCUGUCUUGCGACAGCCGCCCGGUCUGGCGCCAAGCCCGGCUACUCGAGGGGUGACCUCAACUUGCACGAGCUGGGCAGCAUCAAGGGAGCCAUGGCCAAGUAUCCACAGAGCAAGGCCAUGGUGGUCAUGUUUGCACAUGAGUUCGCCCGGCGCUUCGCGGUGCAUGGCCUCCUGUCACUGUCCCUUCACCCAGGGUCUGUCAAGUCCAACUUCCAGAGCAACCAGCCCGCGCUUGUCAAAUGGCUGACAUCUCCGCUGCUUUACGAGCAGCAUUAUGGCGGCCUCACCCUACUGUUCGCUGGCUUCGCUGAUGUCGUCGACACGAAAAUGCUCGAGCAGGGCGGGAAAAAUGGUUCCUAUGUCGAGCCAUGGGGUGUUUAG